AUGGCGGCAUACAAAGCGUUCGCUAUCGCUGGCGGGAUCAAUAGCAGUGGACCCAUGUCUGGCAACCUGGGCAGCUUUUUCGCCAAAUCCUUGCUCAAGCAGGGUGCCUCGGUCACCCUGCUGGUUCGCUCGAUCGGCAAGCCCGAAGUAGCAGAGGACCUGAAGCAACGCGGUGCCACGAUAAAGAUAAUAGACUACAAUGAGCCAGAAUCGCUAGCCGAGGCUCUCGUUGGCAUCGAUGUCGUUAUAUCGACUUUGUCAGGUCCAGGCUUUGCUGUACAACCUGCACUCGCCAAAGCGAGCAAACAGGCGGGCGUGUCACUCUUUGUCCCAAGCGAAUUCGGUACAGCAACCCUGGGCGUAGAGCCUGAUUCGCCCAUCUAUGGCAAGGCAAAGUUUCACGGCGUACUCAAAGAGCUCGAGCUGCCCUAUACGCUCUUUUUCACUGGCGUAUUCUCAGACUUUGCUCGGAUGAUCUUUAAUACCAGCACUGGCAAGAUCACUAUCAUUGGGCGGGGCGACGCAAAGGUCAGCACGACAGCGCGUCAAGAUAUCGCAGACUAUCUUGCCUUCGUUCUCACCAAGCUUAAACCUGAAGAACUAGCGAAUCGCGUUCUCAGGAUCGAAGGCUCUCGAUUCAGCUUCAAUGAGCUGGUCGAGCACGCCAAUGCAAAUUCACAGCGGCCCCUCGAGGUCGAUCAUGAGCCUCUACAAGUCGCACAGAAGCGCUAUGCUGACACUCACGAUUUCAUCACAUGGAUGAAGGUGGCUUGGGACCAGGGCAGAGGCGUGUCCGCCACUAACACGAGCGAUCUCGACAAUCACUUGUUUCCCGACUGGCAGCCUAAGCCUAUCAAAGACUUUUUGUAG